GGAAGCGACAGGGAGACACAGUUUGUGUCGCAAGCUGAGUCAGCCCUGAGUCAGCACGCGACACAACUUUACAUAACCGAAGAAUAAAUUGACAAACUGGAUGAAACUAUCAGGGCUGGUUAACGACUCAUUUAUCACUAAGUCAAUAACAUUAACAGAUAGUGGAGUUCUAAGUUAAUCUGUCUAUUCCUGGUGUAUUCCCACGGAAGUUUUAUAGUGGGAUAUUUAAGAUUUGGAACUAUUAGUGACAUUUUUCAUAGAAAUUCCCAUUAAUAUACCCCAUACCAUAUUAUAUUAUGAGUGACGCAAUAUCAGUAACCCAAACUCAUACGGUUACAGUUACCGAUUCUAAUGAAUCUGAACCUACAUCUAUUCAUCCUCAACCUAAGAAAUCAUCUGCGACAUUUUCAUUUGCAUCUCCUGAUAGAGAUCAUAAUAGUAAUGAUGUUAGUGGAAGUAAUGAUGAAGAUAAUGCUAAUGGUAAUAGUAAUACCAAUACUAAUAGUAAUAGUAAUAGUAAUGAAAGUAAUGAUGAUAGCAUUGAAAAAACGGAAGAUAAUAAAUCGGAUUUCUCUUCCGAUUUAACCUUUAAGAAGAAAGAUGUUCGAAGGAAUAGGACUCAAUCAUUCCAAUCCGUAUUAUCUACUGCAUCCUUAAAGUCAUUAAAACAACAAGCUUUGAAUAGUUCUAAUUCUGCUUCUACCACCACUAUGCCUGGUAGAAAUAAUAGUAUAAUAGGUGGUUCUUCAACUACAAAUUUAACUUACAAUACUUCAUCAAGAAAUUUUCAAUCAUUUAUUCAAGCUCCAGUUUUAUCUAGUAUAACAAAUCCUAAGAUAGAUGAUGAAAUAGAAAUAGGUCAACAACUUCCUUUUAAUGAUACCCAUCAACAGCAAGCAAUUGUUGAACAACGAAAUGAUCAUAAUAAUAUUCAUAUUCAACGGGAACAUGAACAUGAACACGAACAGGUACAGGAACAGGAACAAGCUGGAGAUGAAGAUUCAGAUAAUUUAUUGCAACAAAAGAAUUUAACUUUAAAUGCUUUAAAGAAACUUAGUUUAUCACCAAUUUCUAUUAAUCCUGAUGAUCCAAUGGUAAGAAGAGCCAAUAGCAAUAGUAAGAGUGAUCCUAAUAUUGUAUCAAAAGUUAAUAAACUGAAACCGGUUCCAGAACCAUAUCAACCAGCAGAAGUGGAUUUAUCUACAUUUGCUAGUCUUACAAGACAACCUAAAGUAAUACCCGUGGCUUCUGAAACAACUGAAACAACUGAAACAACUGAAACAACUGAAACAACUGAAGGAACAGCAUCUAUUGAAUCACAAGUUGAAACUCAUAAACCCUCUACUUCCUUUUUACCUGCGGUACCUGAAGGUAUUACUGUUUCUACUACUGAAAAUACUACUACUACAACUACAACUACAACUACAACUCCAGAGCAAGAACAAUAUCAUAAAGAUUUACAUGAUUUGCAUUUGAAAAAUAUACAGACAGUAGAAGUAUCACCACCACAGCAACAACAGAAUCUUCAUCAACCACAACCACCGCAACAACAACAACAAAUACAGGUACAACAUCCUCAACCUCAAAGCCAAACUCAAGCGCAAGCUAUUCAAUCUCAAGUAUCUCAUCAAAGAUAUCAACAACCACUUCAACAACGAGUUCCUCCCGCAGCCGUUGUACCUCCUCAACUUUUACAGAAUAGAAGAAUUCCUAAUCAAGUCCAUCAAUCUGCUCCUGUAUCACCUCAACUGGUAAAUCUUUUAUAUCCUGAACCUCGUAGAUUACAACAAAUUAAAGGAUUUAGAAGUCCAAUGUAUGUACCAGCAGUAUUAAGAAAAACUAUGAAUGGAGGUUCACCAACUAAUUCAAAUUCAUCAGCUAAAUCUAAUUCUCCAUCAGAUUUAAUACCUUCUACUGGUAAUAUAACUCAAACUUAUGAGGAAUUCAUUAAUCAUUCUAAUAAUAUUGAUAAUAUUAGUAAUGGUCAAAGACCUUCCUCAAGAAAUUCAAUUCGUUCUAAUGAAUCAGUUGCAUCUACAGAUUCUAAUAUGUCAGUAUUACAUAAUACUAUAAUUAAUUUUUUGAAUGGAAGUUCAACUAAUAAGCAUUAUGCCACACCUACUAGAUCACAUUGGAUUAAAGAUGAGAGUGCUACUAAAUGCGGGAUUCCAAAUUGUGGGAAAUUCUUUAAUUUCUUUGAAAGAAGACAUCAUUGUCGUAAAUGUGGUGGAAUAUAUUGUAAAGAACAUACUUCACAUUAUCUUUAUAUUAAUAAAAAUGCUAAUUUUACUACAGGUGGUAGAGGUACAUUAUCAAAAGUAUGUGAUUUAUGUAUUCAUGAUUAUAAUGAAUUUAUUAAGAAAGAGUUUGGAGUUGGAUUAGAUAAGAAAAAGAAAGAUUCUGCGACUGCUAAUGAAGAAAGAUAUGAGUAUGAUGAAUUAAGACCCAUUCAUAAAUCAGAAUUGGAGCGGUAUAGCGCUUACCGAAGAAGUCAGUUACAGUUGCGUAGUUCUCAGUAUAGUCCUCAGCCCGAUAGUUCGCAGCAACAACUGCCACAACUGGAACAACAACAGCAACAACUGCAACAACUGCAACAACAGCAACAGCAACAGCAGUCCAAAUCUCGGGCAGACCAAUUGGUGGGUAGUGUACCUGCCAAUUGGAGUUGGAGUUCCUUCUGAAUUCCACUUACAUAGCUUACUUAGAUUUAAUUAGGCUUUUAUUUAUAGUAUAUGUAUCGAUAGUGAAUCGCUGAUAAAUUUAAUAACUUAAUAUAAAUUAUAUAUUCUAACAAUA